AUGAGUAUUAAAAAAAAUAUCGAAUGGACUAUAAUCAAAACUUAUGAAGAGGAUGAUUUUGUUUGUGUCGAUUUUUAUGAAGAGGAAAAAACUGAUGGUAAUAUAAGCAAGAAUUCACCUAUGGCUGAUUCAUUAACAAUCAAUUAUGAUUCAAAUAAAGAUUACAUUAAUGAUUUUGAAAGUUCUCAAGUUAAAUUCAAACCAUGCUCGGAUAAAAAGAGAAAUCGGAUUUCGAGUUUAAAAUCUACACUUGAAGAUGAAUAUUAUCCAGAAUGGAAUGAAUAUAUUUCAAAAUUUCGAAAUGCGAUUUAUUAUGAUGAAGUGGAAAAGCAACAAAAUCAAAUUAAAGAAUUAAAGUUAAUACAAGGAAAGGUUGAAAGAGAUCUUGAACAUUAUAAAAUAAAUCCAAAAAAAUUUAAAGAAGCUCAUGAUAAAUAUACUGAAAACCAAAAACAAAUAAAAGAACUUGAUGAAAUCAUUAAUAAAUUACUUCAAGAUGUUUACAAACUAAAUCAAUUAAGAGAUGAUGGAAAAUAUCUCUUGGAUAAUAAAGUAUGUUUUGGAUUAUCUAAUGUAAAUUUUAAAACCAUACGAAAACUUCCCACUGAAUUUGUAGGAUUUCCAGCUUUUCUUGUAGAAUAUAAUCAUAGAAGAGAUUCAAUACCAAAUACUAAAGGUGGAUGA